CGAGGGUGUGAGAUCUGGGAAGGAGUGUGCUGAUGAAGCCUGCCUGAAGCCUCCCUCGCCCCGCGUCAUCCCUUCCCUCCGCCAUUAUGUUGCGCUUGUCGCCCUUGCUGCUCGGCGGUGUGCACCGGCAGACCAUCAUGCGCUGUGCCGAUAACACAGGCGCCAUGAAGGUGUGCACCUCACACACAUCGGAGAUACAAACACUUUUCUGCAAGGCUCUCUUGCGGCGCGGAUGUUUGUCUGUGUGUCAGGUGUGCGUCUUCGGGCUGGGCCAGAACAAGCGCGGCACGGGCAAGCCCGGCCACCUGAUCCGUGUGUCCAUCCGUGACAAGACGCCGGAGUGCACUCUGGGCAAGACGCACAAGGGGAUGAUCCUGCGGACAAAGAAGGAGGUGCGUCGGAAGGACGGCAUGAACAUCAAGUUCGACGAGAACGCCAUGGUGAUGAUCGCCAAGAACAAGCCGGUGGGGUCCAAGAUCAAGGGCCCGACCGUCCUCGAGCUGGGCUGGAACGCACGCAACCUCUGCAGAUACAUCUUCUGACUCGGGGUGGGGACCUGGGAUUGUGACUGAUGUGCGUCUCAUUCGGUCGGCUUUGUUGCGUCACCAUGUGUCGACGUCAACCCGCACGGCUGCGUGGUCCGUCUAGAGAGGGCGGGCCAUGCGUCCGUGGGGGGCGGCGGCGUCACAUGUGCGCAAGGAGCCAUGGAUGAGGACGCAAGGGGGACUCAGACAGAUGAGAUGACGUGUGUGAAAACGUACGUACGUAAGGAGUCUGUGUGGGGCUGAAUGGCUGACUCACUGUCUUGUGUAUCUGUCGUGUCUCAACUGGUCUUCCUGCACACGUCUUGCACACUGUCGCGUCUGUUUAUGGCUCACUUGGUUGUCAUGUGCCCUCGCAGCCUUCGACGGUUGCGUGGUCCGCUUAGACGGGUGCGGCCAUGCGUCCGUGGGGGGCGGCGGCGUUACAUGUGCCCAGGAAGCCAUGCAUGGAAAGACCAGGCCGACAGAUAAGGCAUCAUGAUCAUCACAUCACCACCAGACAGAUGGUGGGGGUGUCUGUCUGGUGUUUUCACUCGAGGGACGGGGGGCGGGCUGGUGUACAGCUGUAGAGAUUAAGGAGGCUGACUGACUCGCUGGCUCGUCGUCUUGUGUCAUGUGCAAGUGUUGUGCGAUUCAUCCGUGGUUGCCUGCCUCCUUCCUCGACUGUCUCUUGCGUUGCCUGGACGGGUCAUGAGCUCGCCGUCCUUGGUGAUACCCACGGAUGGCAAACUCAUUGCUCGUGAAGUGAUUGAAGAGCAGUCAGGCAGUAAGGCAGGCAGGCAGUGGACUCGAUGUGUGUAUAUGCGAGCGCCCCGCUGGGCCGCCAUGCCGUGUGAAACAUCAGCAAGGGUCCAUCCGAAUGAAAUUUUCGUA